GAAGACGUGAAUUUAUUCGUCAGCUUUGAAAAAUCCUGAGAGAGGGUGGUAGCAUCUGUUUCAGGCAAAAAUGAAGAUAGACAUCUUACUUUUUGUUCUCCUCUGCCUCCAGGCUAAAGUUCUAGCAGAAAAUUUCAAUGAGUCUACCCAGCUAAAGUUGAUUGAAUUCCAUAGUGGAAGCUUAAAAUUGACCUGCCACUAUCCUGAAAAUGCCCGGGACUUUAAAAUGCAGUUGUUGAAGGGGACUGGAAAGCAAAAAAUCUGUGAACUCAAGAAGGAUAAACACAGUGUUCAAAUGACCAAGGAGUUGGUGUCUUGUCAGCCCGAGCUUUCCAAUACAAGUGUAAUCUUCUUCUUGUCUGACUUGAACAGCACUCAUACUGGCCAUUACUUCUGUAGUCUACAUGUUACUUUUCCUCCUCCUUACCAGAACAGUACUUCAAAUGGAGCUUUUUUAUAUAUCUAUGAAUCAAAGUCUUGCUUCCAUCUGGUCCUAUCGCUAUCUAUUAUAAUUGCAUGUCUACUCUGUUGCAUGGGAAUAUUUGCUGGUACAUUUUCUUACUGUGUAAAGAAAAAGAUGAGCCAAAACCAAUCUAAUGCUCAUGAAACUAAUAGUGAAUACAUGCUUAUGGCUGCAGUGGCUGCAGCUAAAAACCCUGGAUUCAAAGGUAUGAGAACCUAAUCUGAAGCUCAAGUGUCCAGGCUGGGGAGCACACAAAUCAACUCUGGCUAUUUUGAAUUCAGUAUUCUUCUUCUCAUUCAACCAGGGGUUUUGAAUUCAUUUUGUUAUUAUACUAUGCUUGGAUCUCAGUACUACGUCUGUUAAUAGCUUUUCCACAGGUUGGAACAGUAGGGCCCAGCUCAGAGCAAAUGUACUUUGCUCAUGUGUCUUAUCCAUAGGAAAAAAUAAACAUAUCCACCUUUAAAAAAAAACUCAAAAAAGAAUGAAGCCAAUGUUAUAGAAUCUCUUCUAAGGAAAAUAUCUAGCACCCAUUCUCAGAGCACUCACAGACUACCUCUUCUAUUCUGUGGAGUUCAGUUUACCAUUACUUAGCAAAAACCCUAGAAGCUUGAAAUAUACCCAUAGGACA